GACGCCUCCGCAGCGAACGAGAAGCCGGACGACAUAAAGUUCAACCCCCGAAGCUCCCGCGCAAACCUCCGUCUUGCCACACCUCGUCUGUCACCAAGAUGGCCCAGUCCCAACACGCCACGAAGUCGUCCAUCGACGCGCAGCUCGAGCGCUUCCUCGAGGUCGACAACAUCUACAAUCAGUCUACCCUGCCCGGCCUUCAGAUCCAGUCCACUCCUCCUCAAGCGCCCUACACCAUUGUUCUCUUUACUGAGAAAGAGGAAGAGCGCGUCACAGUCGACCCAAGGGCGCUUAUGCUCUUCACCAUUACCGUACACGGCGUGAAGGCCGACAUGAGAUGGUGUGCGCCCCGAGCUGUAGGGGCCAGCAAACACGCGAUUGUGGUUCAUAAUGGAGUAGAAACGACGAUGCUGGCGUGCCCGGACCAUGGCGAGAGGACACUGUAUAUCGAUCUCACUACGCUGGAGAAGAUGGCAAAGGAGGUGACCAUUACCGCAAAGCAUGGUGGAAACCGCUGGGGCGAAGAGCAAGUUGUCGGCCUCGACAUCCGUGCGGAGGUUCAAGCACCACCGAACCCGUCACCUGCCAACAGCAAUGCCCUGGGGACUCCUCCACGUCGUGUCUUUAGCUCGUCGCCCGCGCGUCGUCAUCCUGAGCCUCUGCCCGCGAUCUCUGACCCUCUACCACCGCCUCCGGUCAUCACCUUCAGCGACGCUCCGCCCAGAUCCACCACGCCGCCCGGAUCACCUCCUAUUCCACCGCCUUUCCCUGCGACACUCUCCGUCGAUAGUGCCCUUGAGCGUGCCGUGGAAAGACCAGAUCUCAGGAUCUUGACGUACUACAACGAAAAGCGUGAGCCUGUUGACGCUGUAGGUGGCAUGCAGCGCACGAAGCGCCGGUCGGAGCGGUACACUCCCUAUGGCCCGCGCCCGGUCAAGCGCGCCGUCUAUAAGGUAGUGUCUACUGCGGCAGAUGGACUUACGCUCGCAGGUGGUCUGCUGCGUGGCUGGGCAGACUCGUACUUCGGGGACGUCGACCAAGCUGGCGGACUGACGCAUGCUGUUUGAACAUUUCUAUCGCCUCCUACCUGUACGCAUACCUUAUCGAACACGCACUGUACUAUUUAUUGCACACGAACACUAUGUAUCGACCUUGGACUUGAAUCCCAGAAGCGCCAGCCGCCAUUGUGGGCGCCUGGUCAAACAACGUCAUAGCUA